GUCCCCUCCCACGCCCCAGCGCGCUGUGUUGGGAUAGUGGCAGUAUAAAGUAUAUCUUCCAUUCGAGACAGAUAAGAAGCGCCAGGCUAGAGGGGAUGAAGAUGGCGGACGCCAAGCAGAAAAGGAACGAACAGUUGAAGCGCUGGAUAGGCUCGGAGACGGACCUUGAGCCGCCCGUCCUGAAGAAGAAGAAGACGAAGGUGAAGUUCGACGAUGGCGCCGUGUUUCUGGCCGCCUGCUCGAGCGGCGAUACGGAGGAGGUGCUGCGAAUGCUCGACCGCGGCGCGGACAUCAACUACGCUAAUGUGGACGGACUCACCGCUUUGCACCAGGCCUGCAUAGAUGAUAAUGUAGACAUGGUGACCUUCCUUGUGGAGCAUGGGGCCUGUAUCAACCAGCCCGACAACGAGGGCUGGAUCCCCCUUCACGCCGCCGCCUCCUGCGGAUACCUCGACAUCGCUGAGUAUCUUAUCAGUCAAGGUGCAAAUGUCGGUGUAGUAAACAGUGAGGGAGAAACACCUUUGGAUAUCGCAGAGGAGGAGGCCAUGGAGGAGCUUUUGCAAAACGAGAUCAACCGGCAAGGCGUGGACAUCGAGGCGGCCAGGAAAGAGGAGGAGCGGAUCAUGCUAAGGGAUGCGCGACAGUGGCUUAACAGUGGCCUGAUCAACGACGUCCGGCACGCCAAGUCUGGGGGGACCGCGCUGCAUGUCGCUGCAGCCAAGGGAUACGCUGAGGUUUUAAAGCUUUUAAUCCAAGCAGGGUAUGAUGUAAAUAUUAAAGACUACGAUGGCUGGACUCCGCUCCACGCUGCUGCACACUGGGGCAAAGAAGAGGCAUGCCGGAUACUUGUAGAACAUUUGUGUGAUAUGGACGUCAUCAAUAAAGUGGGUCAGACGGCGUUUGACGUAGCUGAUGAAGAUGUCUUGGGAUAUUUGGAAGAGCUGCAAAAGAAACAGAAUCUGCUUCUGAGUGAAAAGAAGGAUGUUAAGAAGUCUCCUUUAAUAGAAACUACAACUACUGGGGACAAUAAUCAAUCUGUGAAACAACCGAAGAGUAAAGAAACUGUUCUACUGGAGCCAGAGAAGACUGCCCCAAGAAUCGAGACUCUGGAGCCAGAGAAGGUGGAUGAAGAAGAGGGGGAGGGGAAGAAGGACGAGUCUAGCUGCUCUAGUGAGGAAGAGGAGGAGGAAGACUCCGAGUCGGAGAACGAAGCAGACAAGACCAAGUCUUCUGUUCCAUCAAGCAUUUCCAAUAGUACACCUGCACCUGCGCCUACUAGUAUCACUGUCACUUCGCCAACUACCCCAAGCAACCAGGUGACCACCCCAACCUCACCUACCAAAAAGGUGAGCACACCUACAGGGAAGGUCUCUCCUAAAGAGGAAGAGAGGAAGGAUGAGUCUCCUGCAUCAUGGCGUCUGUGUCUGCGGAAAACUGGCAGUUACGGAGCAUUGGCAGAAAUCAGCACAACUAAAGAGGCACAAAAAGAGAAGGACACAGCUGGGGUGAUGCGCUCGGCCUCUUCUCCUCGCCUCUCAUCCUCACUGGACAAUAAAGACAAGGAAAAGGAAAAGGAGAAGACACGCCUUGCGUAUGUUGCUCCAUCCAUCCCGAGGAGACACGUUAGCACAUCAGACAUUGACGAAAAGGAAAACAGGGAUUCGGCUGCUAGUCUGGUACGUAGCGGCUCAUACACCAGGAGACGCUGGGAUGAAGACCUGAAGAACAACGACGGAACGGCCUCACAAAACAGAACCUCCAGCUAUCAGCGCAGCACGUCUCACACGCUAGCGUUAGGCCGCACGUCUAGCUCUCGCGACCUGCCCGCCAAAUCCUCCUCUGCCUCCAGCCUGGAACCUAACAACUCUAAAGCCUGGCAGCAGCCUUCCUCCUACUACCAGUCUUACAGCAUUCACCGCAGUGGCUCGUUUGGAAGGAGGCAAGAUGAUGCUUUAAGUUCCACUUCUUCUGCCACUUCCACAACAACGACCUCCUCCGUUACCUCACCCACAGGACACCGCAGCCUGCUGUCUAGGUAUUGGCCCGAGGAGAAUGCGGACAAGGAAAAAGAGAAGGAGAAGGAGUCGGCCGCGGUCAUCCCCACAAUCAACACUGCAGCCACCACCACUACCACCUCCACUACUGGAACUAUACUGGGCUCUGACGGACGAGAGAGACGCAGAUCAUACCUCACCCCUGUGCGUGAUGAAGAGUCUGAGUCUCAGAGGAAAGCCAGAUCCCGACAGGCACGGCAGUCCAGGAGGUCCACACAGGGUGUGACCUUGACUGAUCUCCAGGAGGCGGAGAAGACCAUCGGUCGCAGUCGCCCCAUAAGGCCUCGAGAAGAUGAGAAAGAAGAGAAGGAAAAACAAGACAAGGAGAAACAGGAAGAGAAGAAAGAGACCGAGACCAAGGAGGAUGACUAUAGGUCACGCUACCGUAGCUUUGAGGAGAAGUACCGAAGCACCUUGGCCUCGACCACCACGGCCUCUUCCACUCUGCCUUCUUCCUCUGGCAGCUCGUCUUCUCUCUACAGCACCUCCUCUCUGAACCGGCCAAACAGCCUGACCGGCCUCACUUCAACCUACCGCUCCACACGUGACACUGAGAGAGAGUAUGAUAGAAAAGAAAGAGAGGACGAUAAGGACAGUGAAGACAAGUCUCAGCCACGCUCUAUACGCGACCGCAGACGACCUCGAGAGAAAAGACGCUCGACUGGAGUGUCCUUCUGGACCCAGGAUAGUGACGAGAAUGAUCCAGAGCACCCAUCAGACUCCGAUGGCAGCACUAAAGGAGAGCCUCAGAGCGACAGACUAUCCAGGAAUGACCCUCUCUCUACUAGCACUUCCUCCACUGACCGUUACGAGUCUUAUAGUACCCGCGGCUUUGGGGAGAGUCGGCGGCCGUACUCGCGCAUCGAAAGAGACGACACCACUGAUUAUAAGAAGCUUUAUGAGCAGAUUUUAGCUGAAAACGAGAAGCUGAAAGCUCAGUUACGUGAUACAGAACUGGAGCUGUCAGACCUGAAGCUGCAGCUGGAGAAAGCCACACAGAGGCAGGAGCGCUUUGCUGAUCGGUCACAGCUGGAGAUGGAGAAAAGGGAAAGAAGAGCUCUAGAAAGGAAGAUCUCUGAUAUGGAGGAAGAACUGAAGACGCUACCAGACUUGAAAGCAGACAACCAGAGACUAAAGGACGAGAACGGAGCGCUGAUCCGAGUCAUAAGCAAGCUUUCCAAAUAGAAAAGACCCCUCCCCGCAUCCUCCGGCAGUAACGGUAUUGCACAUCUAGAUAUUAAUACGAGACAACGGCGACAAGAAGGCUCCGUCUCCCCUUCUGUUUCUCAGUCCCCAGCUUUCCCUCGCUUCUCCGCUCCACCGAACGCCCACCUCACCACUCACACAGAACCACUGCGUUUACAGAACUAAGGAAAAGCGUUAGACGAGAGAAUGGCAUCGAACACUUUGCGGGCGGGGAAAGCCUCGGAAAAACUAUUUAACCAAUAAGCCUUAGUUGUACAUACGUCACUUGCAUCAAAUUUCUCUUGGCUGUCACAGAACACCUGAUUUUAUUUGUGCCACACUUUUUUUUUUUUUUUUGUGAUCUAUCCUUCUUUUUUUGUUGUUGUUGUUUUUAUUUUUUGUUUUUUUGCUCUGCUCUUUAAUCUUUCUUCCUGUAUAGAUGAGUCAUGCAAUGUGCAGCUCUCUCCUUCCAUCUCCUCUUCCUGUCCUCAUCCCCCCUCCACAUUGCGCUAGAAGUCCCGCCUCGUCCUCAGGGGCACUGUCUCUCAACAGAAGACUUCCUAGCACUCCGCGAUGUUGGCGCACACUUCCUCCUCUCUCUCUCUCUCGCGGCCCUCGAGAGACGCCGGACCCCUGGCUUUACCGAUUAGGUGGACCUUGUGAAAUCGAAGCUUUCACUUAUGUGCAAUAUAUGCAUUUCUUUCCUAUACAAAUGCUUUAAGAAUGAGUCUGUCACUAGUAAAUGUUCACUUCCUCACUCACCCCGGUUUCCUUCCUCUCCCCCGACUUCUUUCUCUCGUUUCUUUGAGUUUGUAGUGUAGUCGUUGGUUUAUAUCCUGUACUCCUCACGUUGUUUUAGCAGGUACUGAGUGAAGUUGUAUAUACCUGUAUGUAUUGUUUGAGACCAGCACAUGGCAUGCGUUUAUGGUUCCCUGUCUGUUACUAUUGAAAUAUACCAACUCCAGAGGACAAAGUGUGUUUUAACUAUUUCCUUCUUCUUUUAUAGUCGAAAAAGUCAUUGAAUAACAAUAGAGCCGCCCCCCUUCAAGGGGAAGGUUUUUUCUUUCUCAGUUUUAAGUGUUCACGUAAAAUUGUGAGAUAAUAAUAUAAUUGCUUCACUACAUUUCACACAUUUUAUUCAGUAUCUUUGGAAGAGUGCUGUUCAUUUUUUUUUUUUCUAUUUUACUUUUUUUUUUUCCAUUUACUUUUUUUUUUUUUUUAAGCUGUAGUAUUAGCCAAGGUGUUGUCACUAAAAAGAUCCUAGAUAUCGCUAACCCAGUCCUUUUUACAAUGUCUACAUGCACUGUCAAUGCCAUGUCAGGAGUCUUGCUGUCUGGUUUAGCGAACUUUUGCCACCGCAUCAGAUGAAGUCCAUGCAUCGGAAACAUGUUUUAUGCAUUUCAGUGGCCUUGUACUUAAAAUACUGUAGUCGGGAAAAAAAAUGUCGCUGUAGUUGGACUGUCAGCUGUCUCCUCUUUGGUUUAGGUUUUUAAUUUUUGUUUUGUUUUCUUUCCUUUUUAAAUUUCCCAUCAUCUUGUAAAAUAGAUGUGUGGCUUCAUCCGUGCAAGCUGUGCUGUGACUACCAACCACUGAGAGUUAAUUAAAAUAAACUUGUACAUUGUAAAAAUCU